GCGGUUCCCCGCCCGCCGCCGCCCCCGCCCCAGUCUGCUUCGUUCUGCGUCCACCCGGCACUCGGAGCAACCCCGGCGGCUGCGCGACAGUCCCCGCCAUGUCUGCAGCCAUGAGGGAGAGGUUCGACCGGUUCUUGCAUGAGAAGAAUUGCAUGACCGACCUCCUAGCCAAGUUGGAGGCCAAGACCGGCGUGAACCGGAGCUUCAUAGCGCUCGGUGUCAUCGGGCUAGUGGCCUUGUACCUGGUGUUCGGUUAUGGAGCCUCUCUCCUCUGCAACCUGAUAGGAUUUGGCUACCCAGCUUAUGUCUCAAUGAAAGCCAUAGAGAGUCCUAACAAGGAUGAUGAUACUCAGUGGCUGACCUACUGGGUAGUGUAUGGUGUGUUCAGCAUUGCUGAAUUCUUCUCUGAUCUCUUCCUGUCAUGGUUCCCCUUCUACUAUAUGCUUAAGUGUGGCUUCCUGUUGUGGUGCAUGGCCCCGAGUCCUUCUAAUGGGGCUGAAUUUCUCUACAAGCGCAUCAUUCGUCCUUUCUUCCUGAAGCACCAGUCUCAGGUGGACAGUGUGAUGAAGGACCUGAAGGACAAAGCCAAAGAGACUGCAGAUGCCAUCACUAAAGAAGCCAAGAAAGCUACGGUGAAUUUACUGGGUGAAGAGAAGAAGAGUACCUAAACCCUUGAACGGAUGGAGCCUUCCCGCCCAGCCCCCUGUACCUUCCUCUUAGAGCUUGACAUUAUCUGUGGUAUAAUCAUUUUAAUGUUGCCUUGGAAACAUUUUUUGAUAUAUUAAAAAAUGGAAUGUGUUGUAAGGGUUUUUUUUUUUUUGCUUUUACUGUCUGUACAUUACAUAGGGAGCAUUUUAAUUUAAUGCAGUGGCAGUAUCUAAAUUUUUGAAAAUAUAUUUUGCCUCUAGGUAGGAAAAGACAUGUAUGUUACUAUCCUGAAGGAAAUGUAAACUAAAAAUAAAAUUUGUAUAUCCCACA